CAGGCAGGCAGGCAAACAAAAAAAAAGUGGCUCCCAAAGCAGGAAGCAGGGACAUAACCUUGGAAGAAGAAACGCGGAGGACUGUUUCCUCUCUGGGAGCAGAUCACAGGAUUUGACUGACAGAUUGUAAUUACGCAGCAGUGUUUGAACUCGUGCGUCAAUCCGUCUUUUUGGGCGCAGUUCAGUGUGUGAAUCAGGUGUUCAAUUGCGAUCCCUGAGUGUUUGGAGUGAAAGUAUUCAUUGAUUAAGCUGAUGCAUUGUGUCAGAGCACAAAGCCCCCGUCUGCUUCAUCUAGAGCGCCCGCCCAUUGGGCUUUCUGCGGAGCGAUAGUGGGAGAUUGAUUAUAGUCUCUGGGAUUUUCCGUGGAGUAAGCCAGAGCUUGCCUGGACUGCGAUUUGCUCUCCCAUCAUUGAGGAAGAGGAAAUUAUUAGCCAACAUCAAGGACUUUUUUUUUUCACCCUGACUGCACAUUUCCAGAUUCCCAGUGCACAUUUACCGUCCAGGUUUCCAAUUUACGCGCAAGUCACGCCGGACUUUUUUUUCUUCUGUUUCUUUCUGUUUUUUCUUCCGAGGAGGCUGUGGGAGUGAGAGUGUGAAUCGCCUCCGCAGUCUUGGAUGCGUAGUAAACGGGGGAGUGGGUUGGGUCGCCCAUACAGACGCCUGGCAUACAUACGCACACAUCGUCAGCGAUAAAAGCAGAUAGGUGAGGGUGGAAGCGACGCCGGGGGUAGGGGGAGUCGGACAGUGGGUAGACGCGGGACUCACCGGCUGUGGAUUUGACUCUAGGAGACUCGCUGCAUUUAUCGCCUGGGAUUCAUACACCUCCUUCCUGCUCUUUCACAGCCGGGACCGGCUGCUCUCAUCACGCUGUCCAACCCUGACCACGACCAGACAUCGCGUCCUCGCAUCUGAAGGGGAUAUUGGAAGAGUAUCUGCGGGGCAACACACACAAUGGCAACCGGUGCGCUUCUUCUCGCCUGUGCGCUGCUUGGCGGUGUUGCCGUGGCCCAGAGAGUUGUGACCGUACAAAGCGGACCGUUGAUCCGCACUGAAGGCUCCCAUGUCACCGUCUGGUGCAAUGUGACAGGCUACAAAGAGGGCGUGGAGCAAGACUUUGAGUGGUCCAUGUAUUUGCCAUCAGUGCCAGACCGGGAGAUUCGCAUCGUGAGCACGGCUCAGCCAAACUACGCCUACGCCGUGUACGCGCAGAGGGCGAACAGUAAAGAGAUCUACGUGGAGAGGCUGAGCGGAGACUCAGCGGUGCUCCAUAUCACCAAAGUGCAGGCCAAGGACCAGGGGCUGUUUGAGUGUUACACGCCAAACACAGACGGACAGUACCUGGGCUCCUACAGUGCACGCACCAACCUCACUGUCAUUGCUGAUUCGUUGACAGUAUCAGCUCCAGCCCAGACUCUUUCCAAAGUGGAGGGCGACACGCUUCAGCUGACCUGCGAGGUGUCACGAACUACACUGCAGCACACACACUUGUCGGUGGGCUGGUACCUGCGCUCCCCGGAGGACGCCACCGCCCCGCCUCAGGAGCUGGUCACCUUGUCGAGGGACUUUGUUCUACGCUCAGGUGGACCAUAUCGACAGAGGAUGGCGGCAGGGGACCUCAGGCUUGACAAAACCAGCGCUACAAGCUAUAGGCUGACCAUUCACAAGCUGCAGCCUGUGGAUCAGGGCCUGCUGUACUGCCAGGCUGCUGAGUGGAUCCAGGACACGGAUGCAAGCUGGUUCGCAAUGACUCGCAAGCAGAGUGACAAGACACAGUUGCGAAUUCAGCCCACAGAUCGAGAUUUCAGCAUCCAGGUGAGCACGGAGCGACGGUCCUUCACGGCCGGUGAGCCGCUGGAGCUUCGCUGCACCAUCGAGGCCCAGAAUGUCCCAGAGCGCUUCUUCUCGGUGUCGUGGGUCUUCAGCAGCUCACCGGUGGCCGUGGUGGGCCCAAGUGCCGUGCCUGUCCUGGGCCCAGAGUACAUAGCCCGGGAGGCGGCCGGUCACAUGACUGUGCGCAAAGAGAGCCCCAACGUGCACCUGCUCAAGCUGCAGCACCUCCGCCCCGAGGACGCCGGGAAGUACAUCUGCCGAGUGACAGAGCGGGAGAAGACGCCCACAGGAGACUUCAUCGACCGCAGCAAGAGGUCCAGGAACGUCCAGAUCACAGUCCAGCCGCUCAAGAGCAACAUCACAGUGUCUUUGUCCUCUAACUCCUCUGAGAUCCUGGAGGGCGAUGUGAUCCAGCUCACAUGCUUGAUCCAAACCACUACAGGCCCCCUCUCUGUUUCCUGGCAGUGGACUGACAAGCAGGGGACCGAACCAGCUCAGGAGGUGGCCUCUGUCGAUCGAGAGGGCACUGUGUGGCACAGUCUGGUCUACAGGGAGAGAUCCAGCUUCGGGGAGAUCCGUGUGGAGAAGAUGGGGGCCGACACGUUCACUCUGUCCUUGUAUAACGCCUUACCUGGGGACGAGGGACAGUACGGCUGCACGGCUACUGAGUGGAUUCAGGCUGGCACUGAACCAGAGCUCACCUGGGAGAAGAUCGGAGAGAAGUCUGCAACCAAGACGCUCACUGUGAAGACUGUUGAGUCCUCCUUCAUGGUGUCGGCGGUUUCCAGGACGCCAUCCGUCACCUUUGGGGACUCCUUUGACCUCCUCUGCCUGGUCAAGCCUCGCCACAACCCCCGCGUCCCCACCUCCGUCACCUGGCGCUUCAUGCCGGCCGGCGCAGAGACAGACGACGACGGCGGCGAUGACGUGGAGGAUCAGGGAGAGUUCAAAGACCUGGUGACUUUCACCCGCGAGGGCACGCUGCAGUGGGGGGAGCAGCUGCUGGGGCUGGGCACACGCACCACGGUCGACCGCUCGCACUCCAACACCAACUUCCGCUUGUCGGUGACCCGGGCAGGGAGACGCGAGGCGGGCAAGUACCAGUGCACCGCCGUGCUUUGGAGGAGGAAUUACGACAACAGCUGGAGCAGAGUGGCCAACCGCACCUCCAACCUGCUCGGCAUCAGCGUCCUACAGCCAGAGAGCAAGCUGCGAGUGCAAAAGACCAACCAGUCACUGGCGUACCUGGAGGACAGUCGAGUCAGGAUCAAUUGCUCUAUCGCCUCCCAGACCAGCCGGGACUCCCAGCAUGCCGUGCUGUGGUAUGUGAGGCGAGCGACAGGGUCAGAAGCGGACGAGCUCCUGCUGAGGAUCGAAAGAACAGGGGCCUUUGAGUACGGCGCCUAUGCAGAUGAGGAGAGACUGCGGCGCAGAGUCCAGGCAGAGAGGCUGUCACCCCGUCUGUAUGUGCUGACACUAAACCGAGCGGAGAGCAGCGACUCUGGAACGUACUACUGCCUGGUGGAGGAGUGGCUGAGUGACCCAGAUGGAGCCUGGUAUCGACUCUCCAGGGAGUCCUCAGGGUUCACGCAGGUUCUUGUUCCUCUGCCAGAGGUUCGACUGCAAGUGGAGGAAAUGGAGGCGAACGUCACUGUGGAAGAGUCCAACUCCAUCCGACUGGGCUGCAGCAUUCCUUCACAGUCAUCCCGCGACUCCCGUUUCUCCGUGUCCUGGUACGUGGAGCGCUCAGAAGACGAUGAGGACGACGUGGACCAGCCAGGUGAGGAAGAGAGGGAGCGGGAGUGCGUGUUCUCAAUUGGACACGACGCCGUUUUCGGAAAUGGAAACUGUAGCCCCAGAGAGGAGGUGGGGCCGAACUCUCGCCUGCAGUUCAUGAGGAUGACAUCGGACCAGUACAACCUGACCAUUCAGGGGGCGCGGCCCACGGAUGCAGGGCGCUACUAUUGUCAUGUAGAAGAGUGGCUGCUGAACCCUCGGAAUGCGUGGUAUCGCUUGGCAACUAAUAACUCUGGGUUCACCAUUGUCAACGUUCAGCAACAAGUGUCCAGCGUCAAGUCGGUAGUCUGCUCCAACGACGCCCUCUUCUACUUUGUCUUCUUCUACCCCUUCCCCAUCUUCGGCGUCCUCCUCAUCGCCUUGUUGCUCGUGCGCUACAAGAGCCGCAGCAACAGCAAGAGCCAAGAAGGCAAGAACGGUGCCCCCCUCCUGUGGAUUAAAGAACCACACCUCAGUUACUCUCCCACCUGUCUUGACCCACCGGCGCUCAGCCUGCACCCCGGAUCAGUCGACUAAGCGAGGACCUCGCUUCCCACCUCUGCCUCGCGUACGUCGCGGGAUUCAGCCUACAGAAUGCCAGGGAGCAGAUGUGGACUCCACCUUCAGACUUACUGUCGUUCACUGCUGUGUUGAGUUAGUUGAUCAGUUUAAAAUCCUACCCUGGUGGCUGCCUGUUUUAUGUUAAUAACUUUGUGUGCGUGUGAGGGUUUGUAUGGAUGAGUGUGAACUAGCGUGGAUGUGCAAUGUUAGCAUGGUGAAUCGUGCGACUGCGGCGGCAUAGAAUCGUGAUCCUCUCUUCUUUUUGUUUUCUGUGAAACUCAUAGCUGCAUUUUUUUGUUUUAUUACUCUAAAUAUCUGUCUAUUUUUCAAAAGAAAACAAACAAAAAACCUGCGCACACGAGAUCAUCGGCCAAUCCGGGAAGAACAUUUAAGAGAAGGAACUCUAUAAUCGACUCCGGCUCUGAGUGGAUGCCAGAAAACUCUUCGCACUGAUCCAAGAGCAGCCACAGCCUGGCCCACUAUGCUGGUUGCCAUAGUGAUUCUCUGCGCCCACUGACUCCGUAGCUGAGGACUUGGUUGCCAGCCUGCAUAGAGACAAAGGCAAGGACACACAAGUCUGUGUCCUAAAGUGAGGAUGUGUGUGUGUUUGUGUGUGUGUUGGCCCACCUGCCUCCACAAUGAAUUUGCCUUGGCAGACAGAAACAGGUCCUCGUGUGCCACUUAAACACUGCCAGACACUCUGGCCUUAGUGAGAGACCGCCCCGCUCUUCUCUUCUACCCUCCUCCUCCUCCUCCCUCCUCGAACGAGGAGAGGAAAAGAGGGAGGAACAUCCCUGAUGAUGAAGAAUAAAUGAACAGUGCUCUCCUGCUGAAGUUAUACAUACUUUCACAUAAGAGAAUCUCCUUUUUUUGGAAGAUUUUUUCCACACUGUCGUCAGCAGCUACUAUUUGAAGUUUCAAAGAGACGGGGGGGAAAGCUGAUUGGUUUGGGGGCAGAUUGUAAAUAUGUCUGCUUACCUCCUGCUGUGGCUUUAUGGGCCUUUUUUGGCAAAAGGGCAAUUUCACAUGCAGUCAUGUUGAAUCAGUGGGAUUGUCCUGCUUAAAAAAAAAACACACAGUGGGGGCCGUUGACUGAAAUUAAAUUCUUGCACAUUUCUUUAAGUUGCCCGGUGUGACCACUCCGUCCUGUCUUUAGAAGAUACUAGAAGCUCAAAAAGAUGCACAUUAAUUUAGGAGGAUGACUUUUGAUUAGUUCAGAGCCCCACUGCGGAUUUAAAAUGUGCAGAGAACAUCCAACAAAUGUUAGCUGCACAUUAUAAAAAACAGAUUUAAUAAGUGUGGGCACACGUUUGACUUUUGUGUUUAUUUUAAAGAUUUUCUAUUUAUUGUUUUAUACUACUUUGCAUAGCUUUGUAAGAUUUUUUCUUUUGCUUUGAAAUUCUCUAAGAACUGUGCUGUUUGUGUUGCCAGGCAACUGCACCAAGCAGAUUAUGUCAAUAGCCUGUGUGUUGGCAAUGUGGUAGAAGUAGAAAUGCUAGAUUUGUCCUGCGCACUGCAGUCUGUAGCAUUUCUUACCAGAUUGUCGAGUUUGGUCAGUGUCAAAACACUGUAUAUCUUAUAUCUGUAAUGGAAAACUACUGUGGCUUUACUUGUACAAUAGUUGAACAGACAAGUCACAAAAAUCAAUUCACUUAAUGCUUUUCGCUUGAGACGCAUUUAUUUAGUGAAGUGUGAUGUACACCCACGUAGGAUGUGUGAUCAAGACGACCGGAGCUGAACUGUUAAAAUCGUCUUAAUCACGGACUCUGGCUGAAGGCUUCGUCUUCGGCUCCUCCCCUCCCACCUGAUGCAAGGCAGAAGGGUUGAAAAUCUGUGUCACCUUUGUUGGAGUGCAACAGCCAGAAGAGGUGAAAAAUCAUCUACCUGACCUGGGCCCAUUAACCGUUCACUGCCAGACUGAACAUGAAAACUCUAAAACAAACUUGACAUUGUUGUCUCAAUCGUGUCAACAUGUAUAUUGCAUGACAAUACCGCAGAGGAAUUUUGAUGUUUGUAGAACUUUUAACUCUUUGAGCAUUGUGUUUGUGUGACAGAGCAGUGCCCAAACACCCUGACUUCCUGAGCCAAGAGUCUACACAAAGACCCCCCCUCCCACUCCCAAUCCUUUGUCAACUACGAUAUUUGACUGACACCUCAAGAACAUCCCUGUGAGCCUGUGAAGUUAUCUAUUUCCAGAAUGGGUGUUGUGGAGAUUGUGUUUGAUAUUAUUGCUCAUAUAUGUCUUUUUAAUGCUUUGCUUUUAUGCAGCACUUCAUUAAACAGAUUUAUGUCAAAAAAAGUACGUAGCUGAUACUGACACGACCCACGGACUUCUGAGUUUUUCAACCUUCUUCACAGUUUUAAGGUAACCAGUCAGCUUUUAAGUUCUACACACUAUUUAAGGGGGAGUAACGCUGGUGCUACUGACCACAUUCACAUGGCGGCCAUUUUCCUGUGAUGUCAAGCUCAGGGUGGGAAGCACAAAUGUAAGCACAUUUCUGGUUUAAAGUCGUACAGGCACUAAGAUUAUGAUAAGCAACAAUAAGACAUUGCAUAGUCAAAAUCCCACAAAUGUUGUGCCACAUUUCAUGUUAAAAAUCGUUUUAGUUAGCCUUUAGCCACCAUCAGAUUACAUUAGCUCUUAUCAAGUUCCUAGCUAGCAUUUAUGUUUAAGAAUAUGAUACGACACGAACAUGUAUAAUAAGUCUAUAUUUCAAUGCUAACCUUGAACACGUUUAUAAGCCUUAGGUAAAACUCACUCUUUGUAUUUAAGCUAACGUUACUGUAGAUAACGUAUCCUCGGUGUUGGCAUUAGUGAAACAGAAUCAUUACAUUAGUUUUAAUGUUUGCACACACUACUUGGUUAUUUUGUUAGCUAACCACUUUAGUUAGCCCUUACAUUCAUGUCAUUUUUACAAUUUUUCUGUCAUGUUUGCUAACCAAAAAUACGUUUACAGAACGCCAGUGUAUAUAAUCCUCCAUCCGGUUGCUCUAUCCUUUUUUUUAAAUCAUUUUGGGGAUCAUUGCAAGUACAUCAGCACACUUGUCUUAUCUUUUUUCAAAGAGUGUUGGUAUAUAUGUAAGGCACAGACUUUCUGAGACACUGCUUAGGUUGCACCCUGAGCUUGACGUCUUCAGGUAAUAGCCGCUUUAUGAAUGAGAGAUUUGAUACAUGUGCAGCAAAUGCAGCUAUACUUAAAUUGACAAGUGUCUUUGAACAAAAAGCCCAAUGAGUGAACACUAAAGUGAUAGAGAUGUGGAUUACAAAAAACACAAGAGCAGAGACGAAGCACCAGAAAAGAAAUGCUGAAUAUGCAAGCUAACGUGCAUUUAGUAAGGCAACAUUUCAAUAACAAAGUUGUUUGCCAGGAAAUAAUCUGUGUAAGAGAAGGGAGGAAUACAAAUUGCAUCCACAAUUAGAAAAUGUUCAAAUCAUCAUUAUCUGUUAGAACAAAAAAAGUAUUAGAAAAGCAUAUUCCUUUAGGUUAAUGUACAUGCUAAAUUUGGCUGAUAGCAUGUGCAGGAAUUGAGAGAAAUGAAUUUGUAAUUGUUUUCGAUCUCACUCAGGAAUCUUAGCUGUGCAAAGACCUUGGCGGGUGAAAUGUUGCCUCAUUAAGUUGCAAUAUUCAGUGUUUGCUCUGCCUCUCUCUUUCAUGACAAACAGUCUUUAGCCUCCCGUUGCUAUAUGAUGUGAUGCUAGAGCAAGUCAAAGGUGUUUAUAUCAAAACUGCAGAAAAGCUCUUUUAUGCAUUUCAAGACCCAAUUAUUAUGAACAGAAAUUGAAGGAGUUGUCUGAAUGAUGUGACAUGGUUUGAAAGUAAAAGCUUCAUAUCUUUUUAACUUGCAUUUUAUUAAAAGCAAAUCCUAA